AUGGCUUCAGGAAGCGUGACGGCUUCCACAGAAGCAGAUAUUAUAAGUGAUUUGCUGAAGAAACCUUUCUCUACUCGUCAACCGGGCGAGCAAAAUAUAAUUGUAACGCAACGGCCAAUGCCGAAUUUACAAUCGACCACUGGGGAUAGAAGCUUUCAGGUGAGUUGGUACACAAAGAAAGAUUGGCUUUGUGGCAGUUUAACCAAGAAGGCAAUGUUUUGCUGGCCAUGUCUUUUAUUUUGUCCUGGAACUUCAUCAUCGUGGACGAAGACUGGCUUCAGAAAUAUGAAGGGCUUUCUGUCAGAUUGCAAAAAGCAUGAGAGGGCAAGAUUCCACAUGGCUGCUUAUAAGACCUGGAAAACCUAUGGUUCUGGACCUCGUGUGGACUCUCUCAUCUCACAAGCCAGACGUGACGAGAUUCAGCGUCAUAAUGAGGAGGUAAGGCAAAAUAGAGAAAUGUUAAAAAAUCUAACACAAGCUGUUCUAUAUUUGUCUAGGCAAGAGCUUGCAUUUAGAGGUCAUGAUGAAUCUAACGAUAGCUUGAACAGAGGGAAUUACAGGGAAUUGCUUGAACGUUUUGCCAGAAUGGAUUCUGUUUUUGAAAGGCAGUUACAUGGUAGGCUUGCCGAAUCGAGCUUGAGAGGGGGUGGGCGGUUUACUGGAGUUUCCCCUGAUAUUCAAAAUGAUUUGAUUAAUUGUCUUGAUAUGAUAAUAGAGGAUGAUAUUUUAAAGGAAAUGGAUAAUUGCACUUUUUUGAGUAUACAGGUUGAUGAGGCGACUGAUGUAUCCACCAAAGAGCAGUUGAGUAUGAUCAUUCGUCUGGAUAAAGGGAGUGAUAUUAUAGAAAGGCAACUUGGGUUUGUGGAUGUUAGUUCUGACAGAACUGCAACUGCUUUAUCUACAGUUAUUAAAGGUAAGUUGAUUCAGCAUGAAAAUAUCAUGGAUAAGCUUAUUGGACAAACUUAUGAUGGUGCCUCUGUAAUGUCGGGUUAUCUCAAUGGUGUUCAAGCUCAAAUACAACGGGAGUAUCCUUUUGCCCAUUUUGUUCAUUGUGCAGCUCAUAGGCUGAAUCUUGUAUUGUGUCAAGCUGCAUCCUCUAUUGCACCUGUGAAGAUAUUUUUUAUUAACAUAGGUGCUUUUUGUACUUUUACUAGCAAUGCUCCAAGGAGGAAAGCAUUUCUGUCUUCCCAUAACCUUGAGUUUCCCAGUCCUGGUGAUACACGAUGGUACUAUAGAGCUCGUGUCAUCAAUGUUUUGUAUAAUAAUUAUGACAAACUUAUAGAACUAUUUGAAAAUAUUGUUGACAAUCCAACAGGGUGGGAUGAUGAAACACUGAAUAAGAUGACUGGUUUACUUGGUUACCUUAAUGGAUUUUUGUUUUGUUUUUUGGUGUUAAUUUUUCAGAAGAUUUUAGAGCAGUCAUCUAUACUUUAUUCCAUCUUCCAAGACAAAAAGACUGAUUUUCAGUAUGGGAUGACCAGAGUUGAGAGAUUCAAGACAUUUGUUACUUCUCUGAGAACAGAUGCCAAAUAUUCUGAGUUUUAUGACAAAGCUGUUGAGAAAGUGGACCUUCCAGUGACCAAGUAUGACCUAAAGCAUAAUUACAAACAAAUUUUUUUUGAAAUUCUUGAUUCCAUUGUAGGCAUGCUGACAGAGCGUUUUCACGAUGUGGAGCGUUUUAGGUUUUUAGAUCUUGUGAACCCAAGGGUAUUUAAGACUUGGAAUGGUGAUGUGCCCUCAGAAAAACUGGAUCUUCUCAAGGAAAUGUAUGGUGAUUUAUUUGACAUACCAAUGCUAGUCAGCCAACUUUGUUUUAUUUACAGGGAUAAGGACUUUCAUAAAGAUUCUUGUGGAGAGUUAUUAAAAUAUAUUUUUCAGUUCCAUCUGCAAUCUAGCAUUCCUGAAGUAGUAAAGUUGCUGAAGAUGAAUGGUGUUAUAUCUGUCACUAGUGCUUCUGUUGAAAGAUCAUUUUCCUGUUUGAAGAGGGUAAAAAGUUAUUUGAGAAAUACCAUGAGUCAAGGCCGUCUUAGUUCUUUUUGCAGGAUUUCCAUACGCAAAGACAUAUUGUCAGAAAAAGAAGAUGCAGGUACCUUGCAUGAAGAGGUGGUAAAGAGGUUUGUUGAAAAACCAAGGAGACUUGCUUUCCUAUAUAAGUAA